AUGGGGGGCAUCGACCAAUUCCCAAGAUUUAAAGGAUUUGCUGCCAACUUCUUGCUCGUGUACUUCAGCACUGUCCCAAAUGCAGCAUAUACAGUAGAUGGCCUGCACAGUGACAUACGCCUCACACCUGUCCACUGCACGGACCUCACACCUGUCCACUGCACGGACCUCACGCCUGUCCACUGCACGGACCUCACACCUGUCCACUGCACGGACCUCACGCCUGUCCACUGCACGGACCUCACGCCUGUCCACUGCACGGACCUCACACCUGUCCACUGCACGGACCUCACGCCUGUCCACUGCACGGACCUCACACCUGUCCACUGCACGGACCUCACACCUGUCCACUGCACGGACCUCACACCUGUCCACUGCACGGACCUCACACCUGUCCACUGCACGGACCUCACACCUGUCCACUGCACGGACCUCACACCUGUCCACUGCACGGACCUCACACCUGUCCACUGCACGGACCUCACACCUGUCCACUGCACGGACCUCACGCCUGUCCACUGCACGGACCUCACACCUGUCCACUGCACGGACCUCACACCUGUCCACUGCACGGACCUCACACCUGUCCACUGCACGGACCUCACGCCUGUCCACUGCACGGACCUCACACCUGUCCACUGCACGGACCUCACACCUGUCCACUGCACGGACCUCACGCCUGUCCACUGCACGGACCUCACGCCUGUCCACUGCACGGACCUCACACCUGUCCACUGCACGGACCUCACACCUGUCCACUGCACGGACCUCACACCUGUCCACUGCACGGACCUCACGCCUGUCCACUGCACGGACCUCACACCUGUCCACUGCACGGACCUCACGCCUGUCCACUGCACGGACCUCACGCCUGUCCACUGCACGGACCUCACACCUGUCCACUGCACGGACCUCACACCUGUCCACUGCACGGACCUCACACCUGUCCACUGCACGGACCUCACGCCUGUCCACUGCACGGACCUCACGCCUGUCCACUGCACGGACCUCACACCUGUCCACUGCACGGACCUCACACCUGUCCACUGCACGGACCUCACGCCUGUCCACUGCACGGACCUCACGCCUGUCCACUGCACGGACCUCACACCUGUCCACUGCACGGACCUCACGCCUGUCCACUGCACGGACCUCACGCCUGUCCACUGCACGGACCUCACACCUGUCCACUGCACGGACCUCACACCUUGA